UCUCACUCUCUCUGUGUAAUUUUGGUUCUGAGUUUUUCUAUCUUGAAAGUUAGUUAGGUAUGGUGGAUCAUGAAAUCGUGUGCUGCAUGUGUGGUGAUGUUGGUUUCACUGACAAACUCUUCCGAUGUAACAAAUGUCGCCACCGAUUCCAACACUCGUAUUGCAGUAACUUGUAUGGAGAACAAAGUGAGAUAGAAGAGUGCGAUUGGUGCCAAAGCAAAGGUAAAAGCAGUGUUGGCUCAAAGAAACCGACGAUGAAAGUGACGAUGAACCAUAGUUCUGGCUGUCCCGGAGAGAAAAUAUUGAAGCAGGAGAAGGGUUCGGAUCAGAAAAGGAAGAGUCCAGUGCCGUCACCGAGACAAGCCACACGCAGGUUCUUUCAUUCAACACAUCUAUAACUCUUCAGUUUCACCUGGCUAUAGUUCACUGUUCAUGUUUUGUUCUAUGGAUAAGUAUGAUGGAUCAUGAUUUGCUGCCUGGCAAUGCAGUUACGUUAUCAUAGAUAGUAGCCAUUAGAUUUAGAUCUGACGAUCUAAAUUUAAUUUUAGUAUUUCAUGGAUUUGCUUAGUUUGUGUUUUAAAGGUCUUAAGUUCGAAUUCCGUUAAAAAAAUUAUAUAAUAAAUAUAAAAAAAAUUAUAUAAUCAAUAUCAAACAUGUAUUAUUUUAAACUAUUAGAUUGAGAUUGGACAAUUUACA